CCGAACUGACCUGACAAAGACAAAAGCCCUCCUCACCAGUUGGUGGCGGUAGUGCGCCAUGAGGUUCACUAUUCAGCAGAAGAGGAAGCCGUAGAAACGACAGAGAAACAAUCCAACAUUGGUUUGGAGCUGCUGUUAGCUCAUCUGCAGACAGUUAGCUUAGCUUUGCGUUUUGUUUUGCGUCCUUUGCAGUAGAAAUGGCGGCUCUUCGCGGCUUCAGGGAGUUUCUGACGCGGCGGCUGGCGGCGGCCGGGGAGGAAGUGCUUUCUGCGUGUGAAGACACCGUGGUUCGGUGUGAGGAGCAGAGCCGCCUUCAGCAGAAGAUGAUCGAUGUCAUGAAGUCCGAGUUUGAUGCGCACAGAGCAGACCUCCAGCAACAACGUGACAUUAAAGAAGAAGAAGAAGAGAAGUUUGUGCCCGAUGAGCAGCUUUCUAACGAGGAGAGGAGUUCCACUUCUGAUGAGAAGAUUAAAAAAGAGGAGGAGGAUUAUCCAGAGGCAACACCCAUUAAGGAGGAAGACCAGGAAGAGCCCUGCACCAGCAAACAGGGAGAGCAGGUACAGCUGAAGCGUGUGGAGAGUCAGUCUGCUCCAGAGUCUGUGAAACCCGACGCCUCCAGCAAGAAGAACCUCUGCAGGGCGAAGGCGAGCUUCUGCGACAUUUGUGGCCAGGCUCUGACGGAGCUGAGCUUGGAUCGCCACAUGAGGACUCACACGGGCAGGAAGCCGCUUUCCUGCAAAAGCUGUGGACAAAUCUUCCGGCUCCGUGUGUCUUUGGAAGUCCACAUGAGAACCCACGCCGGGACGAAGCCGCACACUUGCAAGACAUGUGGGAAAACGUUCAGACGAAGCGACCAUCUUAAACUCCACAUGAGAACCCACGGCGACAAGAAGCUGUACCUCUGCAACGUCUGUGGAAAAAGCGUCGCCGACCCGUCAGCUUUCAGGAGGCACAUGACCAUCCACACGGACGAGAAACCGCACUCCUGCAAAAUCUGCGGUGAGAAGUUCAAACAUAGCAACACCCUGCUGUGCCACCGGAGGGCGCACUUGGGCGAGCGGCCGUACGUCUGCCGCUUGUGUGGCAACAAGUUCGUCAACGCCUCGAAGCUGAACCGACACAUGAUGUCGCACACGGGCGACAAACCUCACGCCUGCGAGCACUGCGGGAAGAGAUUCAUCCGCCUGCACCAGAUGAAGGAUCAUGUGAGGAGGCACACUGGGGAGAAACCCUUCGACUGCGACACGUGUGGGAAAAAGUUCAUCAGUGGCACCGAACUGAGAGCUCACACCAAAACUCACACAGGUGAGACAUCGCAGCCAUAGACAAGCUGCGGUCGCUUUGUUGAGAAGGUUUGGAUCCCAAACUGAAACUUUGGGCCAAAAAUAUGUUUCUUUGUUUUCACCACCAGUAAAACGGCUGAUCUGAUGCUUUAUAACCUGGAAUCUUUACUGGGUUUAUAAAGAAUCAUUAACAGAAUAAUCCUCUAAUAACGAGAUUCUGUCCCAGAUUUAAUGAACCGUUUCGGGUUUUUCUAAGAUUUCUGUGUAGUUUCCUUUGUUUUUCAAUAGAAUGAUAAAGAAUAUUAUGAUUAUUAAUAUUAUUAGUAUGCAUCAAAUUGAAAAAUGACCCAUCCUGAGCCUUUCUGUUUUAUUUUUACAGAGCCAAACAAACCUUAGUUCUUUCUGCCAACCAGUCUGUUUCGUUGUUGAUCUUCUUUUCUGAAAUUAGUUUAAAAAAAAUUUUCCUCUCAGGUUAACCAGGAGACUUCAUAGAUUCAGUUUCAUCCAGAACUAAAUAAUCUAACAAUGACUUGAAAAUUUUAUUUGAAAUGAUUUCUGUCAAUCUGUCUGCUUGCUUCAUAUUAUUUAUGCAAAAUAAAAAUAAAAAAACUUUCAAAAUCA